AUGUCGAGUCAAUUUGACAAGUAUCAUGUUUACGGCGGUACGAUAAAACGGCUGGUGCGCUUUACGGGAUUUUGGCCGAAUCCGAAUCCGAGUUUCCUCUAUCGGUUGCUCCCCGUUGUUCACGGUUUAGCUGCGCUUCUCAUGUGUUCGGCGACACUUAAUUUUUGUCAUCAACACAAUUCGAAUCUUCACCUCUUUUUAAAAGGACUCGGUUUGGCUCUGAGUUUCCUCACGAUCAUACAAAAAAUGUCUUGUUUGACGUUUUACCGAGAACGUCUGAUGAAACUUCAUACCGAUCUCGCAAUCUCAUUUGAUUUGGAUAUGAAUGACACUCAACUGCGUCCGAUUCUACUGUCACCUCUGCAAUCGUUUUAUUCGCCAUCAUUGAUACUGUCGAUGGUGACGUACACGACGAUCGGGAUGUAUUGGAUUACGCCGAUUCUAUUGAUAGUGAUCCAGCUGGCGCAUGGGGUCGAUCACGUUAAAUACCUUACACCAUUUCCGACCGCGUAUCCUUGGCGCAUCGAUGCCAAUACCUGGCUGUAUUUGAGCAUGUACGCGUUCGAAAUUUAUGGUGGAAUAGUUGCCUCAUUCACCUCUUCGUUCGAUGCCCUUUUUGGUUAUUAUGUAUUUCAAAUUACCGGACAACUUCGCACGUUGUCCUAUCGCAUUACGAAUUUAAAAUCGAACGAAAACUAUCGCAAAGUGAUAAGCGAGUGUAUCAGCAGGCAUCAGGUUUUAACGAAAUGUCAAGAUUAUCUCGAACAAGUUUAUGGACCCAUUGUCAUCUGGAUGUUAGUGAGCAAUGCGAUGGUCAUGUGCACCCUCAUUUAUCAAGCUGCACACGUGAGCCCGGAGAUAGCCCUUAUUAUCGUGUUCUACAUGGUCUUGAAAUCUGUGCAAACGUUGACUUAUGGAUGGUUCGGAUCGUUUUUAGAAUCCGAGAAAAACAAGUUCCGGGAAGCUAUAUACGGGAGUGACUGGGCAGGUUCUGGCGAAAAGCGACUCAUGACCGACGUGCUCAUUAUGAUGACGUACAAACCGUUCGUCCUCAAGGCCUGCUGUCUGUCAAAUAUAUCGAUCGAUAUGUUUAUUCCUGUUUGCAAUACUGCCGUUUCGUAUUACUUGCUGUUACAAACGCUAGAGGAAACCAGCCACAAACGAUGAUAUCAGCAAGUCAUAAGACUUUGGUGCCGAAUAUUAUUCUUCACCAGUUCAAACAAAAACUUGACAACCAACACAUCCAACUUUCGAAAUGUUUUUCGAUGCGUCUCAAUUGAUUUUAU